GUGACUAAUCCAGCACGCAACCCCCGCAAAAAACAUCCCCAGAUGCACAGCAAACUUACAUACAGGCUACAGCACCUGGAACAAGCGCUGGCCUGUCGCUUAUCAAGAAGAUCAAGAUAUGUACAUGGGCGCAAGGAAAUACCACCUUGCAAUUUUUGGAUAAAAAUGGUCGGCAUCGGCAGCAGACUAAUAGCCGACUGGCCAGAUGUUUCCACACUCCUCAUUGCUGAUCUCGGGUGAGCAUUGCCCCGAGCAUAGGACUUUCUCCGAAGGGUGCCACGCCUUGCCCCUCCGUCCCAGCCAGAGCGAGUCCGUUCAAAUAACGCCGCUUCCCUCGUCAAGUGCCUCGUACUUUGUUUAUUUCUCUUCCUUUAUUCAUCUGCCUUUUUCAAUAGAUUUGUCUAGUUCUUACUCUCAUCAUGGGCUCUACUACUACCACUGCGACGUUUCCCCGCAUCAAAGCCAUCCGCACCUUCAUCAUCGAUGGCGUUGGAUCUGGUGGUGACUACCACAAUGUCAAAGGUGGCCACUGGCUGAUCGACAGCGACAUCUCCACCCCGAUGACCCGAUGGGCACAAUAUCGAGGAUCGCGAACAUCCUGGGGUAUCAACGUGCUGGGGUCUUUCUGCGUCGAGAUUGAAGGCACAGAUGGUACAAAGGGUUUCGCCACUGGCUUCGGCGGCCCCCCUGCUUGCUGGCUGACACACCAACACUUUGAGCGUUUCUUGAUUGGCGCCGACCCCCGCGACGUCAAUGAACUCUUCGAGAAAAUGUACCGUGCAUCCAUGUUCUACGGCAGAAAGGGUCUCCCCAUUGCCGUCAUCUCCGUGAUCGACCUGGCUCUCUGGGAUCUUGUCGGCAAGGUGCGCAACGAACCAGUCUACAAGCUCAUCGGCGGAGCCACUCGCUCUCGCCUAGACUUUUACUGCACAGGUCCCCAGCCUGCUUCCGCCAAGGCAGCGGGAUUCGUUGGUGCCAAGGUGGCUCUACCUCAUGGGCCCGACGAGGGUGUCGAGGGACUCCUCAAGAACGUCGAGUACCUCCGUAAGCAGCGUGAAAGUGUUGGCCCGAACUUCCCCCUCCGCGUGGACUGCUACAUGUCCCUCAACGUUCCUUACACGAUCGAGCUGGUCAAGCGAUGUGAGGCGGAAGGUCUUCAUAUUGACUGGUGGGAGGAGUGUCUCAGCCCCGACGACUUUGACGGCCACGCCCUCCUCAAGCGGGCGCACCCCACAGUCAAGUUCACCACCGGCGAGCACGAGUACUCCCGCUUCGGAUUCCGUAAGCUUGUCGAGGGUCGCAAUAUCGACAUCAUCCAGCCCGACGUCAUGUGGCUUGGAGGCUUGACCGAGCUACUCAAGGUGUCUGCCCUCGCCGCAGCCUAUGACCUCCCCGUUGUCCCUCACGCCUCCGGCCCUUACUCCUACCACUACGUCGUCUCGCAGCCCAACACCCCCUUUCAGGAAUACCUCGCCAACUCCGCAGACGGGCACACCGUGGAGCCGGUCUUUGGCAACUUGUUCCUCAAUGAGCCUAUCCCUACUAAGGGUUACCUUGACGUCUCUAUCUUGGAUAAGCCCGGUUUCGGUCUGGAACUGAACCCCGCCGCGCCCUUGAUCCCCGCCGCUUCGAUCCUGACCCCAGCACCGCAGAAGAGCCUAGCCCCUCCUCCCACGGAGGAGCCCAAAACCGAAACAAAUGGCAUUCAUUGACCUCACUACAUUUCUCGCGAAAUUGACCUUCUCACGAUUACAUGUAUAUAAUGGCGUGUUCUUUGCUUUAUUUUCAUAAUUUCUACAUUGGACUUGAUAGACGGAAAUAUUGAGAUCCCCUUUUUUUUAUUCCAAAUCCAUGCUCCCCUUCUAUCAUUCACAAAAAUAAGGAAUUAGCGUCAACACCUCGCUGUUCGUCCCGGUCCGGACACCUGGCGACUGGCGAGCCGAGGCUACCGAGCGACUGGUGGAAGGUGGGGUUUCUCGGGCCAUCAAUGGCACGAGAUCUCCGGGCGGACCAUCCCCUCCAGUCCAGCAUUUUCUCCACCAAUUACAUAAGCUCUUAUCGGACCGUCUUCCAAGGACAAUAUUGAGGAACUGGUCGGUGAAGGACUAAAUGCGACUCCCUUUUACGCUGUGGUGCAGCUUUCGAGUGUGGGGGGCCGGAGGGGUCGCUCAUAUGCUCGCGUGUACUUAGGGCUCCGUGGUUUCCGAUGUAAAUCCGACCGGCCGGAUGUGGUCUACGCCACACAGAAGAAUGUCGAGACAUUAUUUGUCGACGACUCACAUCUAGCAUCUCAAUGAUAAUAAUGCCGAGGGUAGUAUAUGCUACUACUUGUUGUGUCAGUAAUGGUUUUAUUAACUGGCUAUCUCCAAAGUAUAUUGAACUGAGAAACUGUCCAAAGAUAACACGAAACCCU